GUCAAGAAGUGCUAUGCAUCUUCCUCCCAUUGGGCUCGUAUCGGCAUGGGCACUGGCUCAAGGGACCCGCGCCCAAGUCUUCCCCAUUUCGACCCCACAGUGCCCCGUGAGCCCUCUGCCCGCGCCGGGCAUCGAAUGCGGCACCUACACGCACAAGGACUGCAGCGGCCCGCUUGCAACAUGCAAAUACUGCUCGGCGUCUGGGACGAGGGACGCGACGGCCGGGUUUGGCCAAUAUGGCCGGGUGCAAGGAAACACCGACUACCCGAUGCCACCCCUAGACUAUAUUCUUGACUUGGAGGACUACAUGUUCUACCACAUGUUGCACGUCGAGUAUCUAGUCGAGUUCUCCAAGAACCCGAUGCCGUUCCAGACGCCGCUCAGCCUGCCCAACUGUGGCCUUGACAGUGACCCAGACCAACAAAAGCGGCAUCUUGUGGAACGGGGCUGGUUCAAGGAUCUCAAGAAGGUGGGCAAAAAGCUUACCGGCACUUUUGAAAAGAUUGCCGACGGUUUGGAGAAUGUUGCAAAGAAUAUCGAGCGAGGGGUUGCGCCAAUCCUGUUCCCCUGGCUGCCCAAGUUGCCCAUCAAGCCGAGAUUUAUUCCCCGUCCGGUUUGUAUCCCAAGAACCCUAUAUAUUCCCGUCCACUUCACCGUCUUCACGACCAACAUGACGACGGCGGGCCUGGCCAGUAUCACAGCGCUCGAGAGACAGAUCGAGAUUAUCAACGCCGACUUUGCGCCGCUCAACAUCUCCUUCUUCAUGUCCACCGUCAACUACCACAUCGGCCUCGAGUGGGACCGGUUCACGCACAACAAGCUGGGCGAGAGCGACAAGGCCUUUGAGGCGUACCAGGAGCGCAUCAAGGCCGAGAACCGUUAUGGCGGCAACGACGAGGUCAAUGUCUGGGUGGUGGAGUCAGUCGAUUCGAUCAACUGCGACACGGGCGUACGCACAGCAGGCUACUGCACCUUUGCGCGCAACCUCGCGUACGCGAACCACCCCGUCGACGGGUGUGUCAUUAUCCUCGACACACUCCCUGGCGUCACUUUCCGCAACGGGGCCGGAGACGGCAAAGUGCUAACCCACGAACUGGGCCAUUGGCUCGACCUGCCACACGUGUUCCCAGCCACGGCAGGUUGCGGAGGCGAGAGCGACAACAUUCAGGACACGUUUCAAUUUCCCAACGACGCCCAAAAGUUCUCUGCCCAGCAGCGGCGGUGCUGCGCGACGGGGACAGGCCGCAGCAAGAAAUGGGACUAUUGCCCGGCCGAUGACGGCCUUUACAACGUGACCAACCACAUGAGCUACAGCUCGACGCGUGGCGCCGUCUUUGCCGAAAACCCGCACGGCUCCAUGCCCUGGACAACGGAGCAGCGAGCCCACAUGUUUGCCGCCUUCUAUACCCUACGGCGCACGGCGCCCAGAGGAGGCAUCCGGUGCAACGACUACCCCGUGUGGUUCGACCCUGUGGACAACCUCACGAGCCGCGGCCUUGAUGGCUGGAAGAGUCGCCUUCCCAGAUCCCUCAGGGCCAGCCUGGGCAGCCUCCGCAGUCCUGCGCUGUUAGGCCAGGGAGACGCUUUGCUGGGCCAGCUCACGAAACUCUGCUCAUCCCCGCCCGACCCCAACACUGACGCCAUCCAGGCCCUCGACAUCAUCAGCGGCCAAAUCGUAACCUGUGCCGCCGAUGGCACAUGCGAGCCCCCUCCAUCCGCCGUCUGCCCAGACGGUCUCUCUCCACCAUGCCAGUUCCGAAAAUCCUGCCCCGACGGCUCGGUUUCCCCCUGCUCAGCAGCCAUCCAGCUCUGCCCCGACGGCGUGUCCGCGCCUCCGUGCCCUGGUUUUGGGGGGGACAUCUGUCCCGGCACGGACGGGACCACAAAACCCGUGUGCCCUGGUUCCCAACCCUCAUCGCCAUGUCCUGACGGCUCCGCGCCGCCUUGCACGGGUGGAGGAGGAGGCAGCAACACGGCAACCUGCCCAGCGGGGUGUGACGUGCAUAAUCAUAGAUGCGACCCCACCACGGCGCCUACAUGUACAUACCCCGACCCGCGGGUUGCGAAGCCAAGAGCCGCGUGUGCGUGUCGGCCUGGAUUCAAGGCGGGUGCGCAUGUAGAUAACGAUACGACGAAACAAUGGCGGUUGCCAAUUCCGGGACAGGAGCAUCGUGUUUGGGUCGCUGAAGGGGUGGUUUGUGACACUCCGUGUGUGAUUUCUGGGGGAGUGGGGAGUUGUAGAGAAGUGGGCGAGGUGGGAGCGGAAUGUGUUGGAUAUCCGUAAAAGAUCUUGGUUUGGAUUUUAAUGGUGUUUAGUCAAGUUGGACAUAUGGAAACAUUUGCCGCCUCCAAUAACACCAUCAAACUUCCUCUUCAGACAGAGAACCGGGGCAGUGGUUAUCUCCACUCGGAAUGGGAGGAAAAGAUAUUGUCUCAGGGGAGAAGGUAUUUGUUCCGCACCAAGGGCGGACGCCGCUCGUGUUGCACAACAUGUCGGUCAUCGACUCGCCCUAUCGUGUAGUCAGU